AUGGAAGACGCUCGCCGUCGCGCCGAGCGGCUCGAGGCGCUGCUCCGGUUUGCGCGGCCGAUCGCCUCGGGCCUCGUCAAGGAGUUCUUCACCGACGGCCUGUGGGAGGCAGUGCCAGCGUCGUGGCGCGAGCCGCUCGAGGCCCUGCCGCUCCGCUCCCUCGCCGAGCUGCUCUCGGGGAGGGGCAGCGUCGACGUUCCGCCCGGCUCGCCCGCCUGGCCGCUCUCGCUGCUCGCCUUUGUGGCCGCCUGCCACGCCGAGCGGCUUCCGGGGCAGCUCGAGACGGCGACGCCAGCGAGCGCCGUCGCCAACGGGCGGUGUGCCGAGGAGGCGCUGCUCGACAAGCAGCUUCGCCGCGCCGUCAACCCGAAGAAGAUGCACGAGAUCGUCCGGUUGGGAGCGCUCGCCGAUAGGCUCGGCCGUGCCGCCGGCUGCGACGAGAUGGUGGACGUCGGCUCAGGGCAAGGCUACCUCUCCCGCGCGCUCGCGUUCGAGCACUCGUGGACAACCGUCGGGGUCGAGGCGGUCUCCUCGAACGUCGUCGCCGCGCGGAAGAUCGACGACGCCGUCCGGCCGAAGCUGCGCUCUCAGCUCGAGGCGAGGCAGCCUCUCGCGCCGCUGAGGCGCACCAUUGUGCACGUCGCUGCCUGGAUCCCACCCGGCAUGAGCCCCAGCGAGCUGCGCGCCAUCAUCGCUCCGGGCGAGCAGUGCGUGCUCUGCGAUGAGGCGGAGGGGGAGGAGGCCGCCACGCCACCUUCUUCUCCGCCUCCUCCGCCUCCUCCGCAGCCGCCACAGAGGAGCGCGCUGCUUGGCUUGCACACUUGCGGCGACCUCGCGGCGACUCUGCUGCGGCUGACCACCCCCCUCACCCCCCUCACCCCCCUCGACGCGCCAGACGAGCCAGCCACAAGGAAGGCCGCCCCAGGCCCAGCCGGCGGCGAGCGCGGCACUGGCGCCGCCGAGCCCGCGCCGAGCGACGGCAUGCCCGAGGCGCCUUCGCCUCCUUUGCCGCCGGAGCCGGGCUUCCCGCUGAGUGCUCUCCUCUCCUCGAGGGGCGUGAGGAUGGGGGCGCAGAUCGCCGACUCAAGAGACGGCCUUCGCGGUGCGUACGCAGCGCCAGAGUACAGCUGGCUCAAGCGCGCCAAGUGCGGCGCCGUCAAGAACGCCGCCUCCCUCCCGUUCUGCGAGUACGUGCGGCAGUGCUUGCGGCAGGCGGGGGUGGCGCCGCUGAGCGAGGCGGAGGAGGCGGAGGUCGGCAGCGAGCUCGCGCCGCUCCUCGGCCAGUGGCGGCGCGUCGUCGUCUUCUUCGCCCUGCGCGCCCUGCUCGCUCCUCUGUGGGAGGCGCUGCUGCUGCUCGACCGGCUCCUCUUCCUCGGCGAGAGGGGCCACCUCGCCGCCCUCGUGCCACUCUUCGACCCGGCUCUCUCGCCGCGCAACUACGCCGUCGUCGGCGUGCGGCGGCUGCCGGGCGCAGACACCGACGCCGCGUUCGUCGCCGCGUUGCCGCCCGAGGCGGUCGCGAUUUGCGAUGGUGGGGACCCGGCGAGGGCCGAGCACGGAGCAGCUCAGCAGGUGAAACGACAAACGUGA